AUGCCAAGAUCGCGUAUAAAUGGAAAUUUUAUUGAUAAAACCUUUACAAUUGUAGCCGAUAUCUUAUUACGAGUCAUUCCGACAACUUCCGGAGAAAAAGAGGCAUUUACUUAUUACAGAGAUGGUAUGUCGGCUCAAUCUGAAGGAAAUUAUGCGGAAGCAUUACAGAAUUAUUAUGAAGCUAUGCGACUAGAAAUUGACCCCUAUGAUCGAAGUUAUAUACUCUAUAAUAUAGGCCUUAUCCACACAAGUAAUGGGGAACAUACCAAAGCUUUAGAAUAUUAUUUUCGGGCAUUAGAACGAAACCCCUUUUUACCACAAGCUUUUAAUAAUAUGGCUGUGAUCUGUCAUUACCGUGGAGAACAGGCCAUUCAACAAGGAGAUUCUGAAAUGGCGGAGGCUUGGUUUGCUCAAGCCGCCGAGUAUUGGAAACAGGCUAUAACGCUUACUCCUGGUAAUUAUAUUGAAGCACAGAAUUGGUUGACGAUCACGAGGCGCUUCGAAUAA